GCCACUAGUGCUGCAUCAUUUCUUGAUGUAACUAAACCUUCAAAAGUUGCAAGGGAACCAGAUAUAGACUUAACUGAUGUUUACGAUUUUAGUCACCGACAACGAGGUCUUGCUGUUAUAAUCAACAACGAAGAUUUCUCCUUAAGCAGACUGAAUAAUGUGAGGGGGCCAUUAGAUGAUAGGCCUGAAUCAUCAUACGAUGCUUUAGCACUCAGUCGUACAUUUGAGAAACUUGGCUUUGAUGUAUUGCUAAAGAAUGACUUAGAAGACAAAAAGAUGGUGGUGCUGUUAGAGUCAGCUAAAGAUGAUUAUGACCAUGCCAAUGCUGACUGCUUUGUGUGUGCCAUCCUGACACAUGGCGAAGAGACAUUCGUGAGUACAGGAAAUAAUCUGCCUGAGGUUAGGCUGGACAUGCUGUCUGGGGCCAAUGGAAAGUCUGUGGCAACCAGCACUCUUGUUAAUAUGUUCAGUGAUGAUGCCUGUCCCAAAUUAAAAGGAAAACCUCGUUUGUUUUUCAUACAGGCAUGCCGGGGUGAAGAGUGUGAUAAUGGUGCACGUAUACAGUUAAUAAAGCAUACGGCAACCACAUCAGAAAGUGACAGACAAAGCCAUGAUGGAACAGCUCAUGGUAAGACACAAACUGAAACUGAAAGAUCUCAUGAUGGUGAAGCUUCUUCAAACUGCUUGCCUAGAGCACAGGGUCUUCAGACAGGCACCACAGAUGCCAACCCAGACUACAGUGAAAACAGCAUUGAAGAAGACUUACAGAAUAUAAACAUGAAUGCCACUGCAAGUGGUGGUGUAGACAUGAUUGAUGUACCUGGGGCUGCAGUCCAACGUGUCCGUCAUGUCCGUCUUUGUCCUACACCAUUAUACAAGGAUAGCUUGAUCAUGUAUGCCACUACUCCUGGUCAUUAUGCAUGGAGAAGGGAUUCAGGUGCCUGGUUUAUGCAGACUUUAUGUAAAGUACUGGACAACCCAGACAUUGGUAGCAAAUCCUUGCUAAGUGCUCUUGUAAAUGUCGCUGGCAUAGUUACCAGGGACUUUGAAUCAAGUACCCCAAACAGGCUAUCCACCCAUCAAAAGAAAGAGACACCAGUUAUUGAGUCCAUGUUGGUAAAGGAUGUGUUUUUUACUCCAAAAUAG